CUCCGUGCCCAGCCCCCGGCGCAAUGUGCGUGCGCCUGCGCGUUGCCGCCGAGCGCGGCCCGGGAAUCUGAGUGGCGGGAAGAGCGCUAUAAACGCGCGCGCCGCGGCCGGCCGCCUCUCUCGGGACUCCCGGGCGUGAGCUGGGCGCUGUCCCCUCGAGGACGCCGGCGGAGGACCCUGUGCCGAUGGCGACGACAGCGGAGACCCGCGGGGCCCGGGCGGGCCGCGAACGCCUCGGGCCGGGGUCUGCGGCGGAGACGGGAGCGAGCUGAGAGGCCUCCACGCGCCGGUUCCCUCCCCGGGUGGGUCUCCCACGCGGGGGUAGGCGCCGGCGCUGUGGCCUGAGGCGCUGGCUCCCACAUGGGCGCCGGUUCGAGUCCCGGCCGCCCCACUCCCCAUGCAGCUCCGCUGUGGCCUGGGCAAGCAGCGGAAGGUGGCCCGAGCCCCCGGGCCCCUGCCCCCGCGUGGGAGGCCCGGGAGAAGCUCCUGGCUCCGGAUGCACGCGGCGAGGGAGGCCCUCUCACUCCGCCUCCGACCUGGACAGACCUGGGGCAGAGAGGGGGCCCGCUGCAGUGUGGAGGCGGUGGCCGGGGGCAGGGACAGUGGCUGUGGAUGCAGCGGGGUCUCCGCGGUCCGCGCUGGACCUUGCCAGGGUGCGUAGAAGCGCCCUCACCAGGCGGCCGUCUCCCGAGGUGAGAGUUCGUGGGGUCUUCCAGAUGCUACGUGCAGAUGGCCCUUGGUACGGAACAGGUUUUUCCACGCAGUCUCAAAUAAAGCCGUUCAACCUGUGUCCUGCGUGUUCUUGUGGCGCGUCAUGGCGUCGUGCAGCCCCACCCCUGGGGGCAAGGAGGAGGCCUCGGGUGCCAGGGACCCUGGCCUGUCCGUCCGGGACCUCCCCUGGGCUGGUGUGAGCUAGGAUGGGAACGUGAGGUCACGGCCCAGGGGCUCCUGUCCGGGGACAGCUCAGCACCCCAGGGUCUGGCCCGGAGAGACGUGCUAACUGCCAGGCUGCGGGUCUACCUCUACCCACGUGACUGGCACCGGCUGGGGGGGCGGCCUGUGGUGCCAGCACCAGUGGAGUCCCAGCCGCCCUGCUUCCUGUCUGGCCCCUGCUAAUGCACCUGGGAACGCGGCCAGUGCCCCAGGACUUGGGCCCUGCCAUCCACGUGGGAGACCAUCUUAAAGGUUUAGGAGAGACCCCACGGGGGCUGGGGGGAGGGGAAGGCUCUGCUUCCCAGGGCACCGGCUGCGGCCCACCCCCACACAGGAGGCUGCACAGACCCGUCCCGGAUGGCACAGGGGCUCUGAUUGGCCUGAGCUGGACAAUGCCACUGUGAUGUCAGCAGACAGCAGCUGUGAAAUACCUGCUCCCAGGCCCCGGGGGUCAGUGGAGCUGCCGUCCAGACACCAGUCAUGAGUGGCGGGUAUGACCUCAACCUCUUCGCCAGCACUCCUGACUGCAGCUUCCUGUGCUCCGUCUGCCACGGAGUUCUUAAGAGGCCGGUGAGGUUGCCGUGCAGCCACAUCUUCUGUAAGAAGUGCAUCCUCCGGUGGCUAACCAGACAAAAGACCUGUCCGUGCUGCAGGAAGGAGGUGAAAAGGAAAAAGAUGGUCCACGUGAAUAAACUCCGCAGAGCCAUAGGCCGCCUGCAGGUCAAGUGCAAGAACGCGGAGGCUGGCUGCCUGGUCACCUGCCCCCUGGCCCAUCGCAGGGGGCACCAGGACUCAUGCCCGUUUGAGCUGACGGCCUGCCCCAGGGAGGGCUGCGCCGCACGGGUGCCGCGUGGGGCCCUGGCUGAACACCAGCGGCACUGCCAGCAGAGCUCCCAUCAUCUCUGCCCCCUGGGCUGCGGGGCCACCCUGGGCCCGGCCGAGCGUGCCGGACACAACUGCUACCGGGAGCUGCGGGACGCCUGGAGCGAGCGCCAGGAGCGCAGCCGGACCCUGCUGCUGUGCCUGCUGCAGCGCGUGCGCCAGGUGCACCGCACCACCAACCUCAUCCGCCGGCAGCUGGCCCAGCUGGGCAACUUCCUGGAGGAGGACGAGGCCCUGCUGGCCGGCACCCCGCAGGAGGCUGCGGCCACCCCGGAAGGAGUGGGGGCGCGGGGCUGUGGAGGGCCCAGGGCCAAAGUGCCUUAUAAACAGAGGGGUAAAUAAACGUGGCGCCCAGGCCUGGCCCACCA